AUGAUCCAAUGCGUCACAGCAGACAUAUCAGACAUUAAGAAAUUCUACAAAAUCACGUUUUCCAAAACACGCGUUCGUCGCUUGGAGAAGUAUUUCCGCGAUAAGUCAGCCGAGCUGGCAGCUGUCCGAUUGGAUCAAUUGGAUUCCGAGGAUCAAAUCGACUAUGUACUACUGGAGAAGUACUUGAAUCGGCAGCUCAAAGCUCUGGAGGAAUUUGAAAGCUCUCUCGAAGAACUAGAGUCUAUCAUUGAACCAUUCGCAUCCAAUCUGGUCGAUCUCAUCGAGCGAAGACAAAGAGUCGUGCCGACUACAGGCAGAUAUGCAGCAGAGGCUCUUUCGGCUGUGUCUGAAGACGUGACAAGGAAGCUUCACGCGAUCACGAAGAACGGAUCUCAAUCUCAAGAUCCAGCAGCCCGCUUUGCAGCUUACCGUGCAGUCAACUACGUUGGUGAGCUGAGAGUGGCAUUAGAAGAAUGGAUGAAUUUCUACAAGGGAUACGAUCCAGAAUUUACGUGGUGGACAUCUGCUCCCUUCCAGCAAACACUCCGGCAACUGAAUUCGUUCCGAGCGACUGUGAACAGCAGACUGAUUGGAGACUCUUCCAAUGACUCUACCGGUGAUAUAGUCGGGCAGCCGGUCGGGCGUUCGGGUAUCCUAGCAGACCUCGACGCUCAAUUCAUCGCAUACAGUCCCGAGGAGCUGAUCAAAAUCGCCGAUAAGGAAUAUGCCUGGUGCGAGAAUGAGAUGAUCAAAGCGUCUAGAGCACUGGGGUACGGAGUGGAUUGGAGAGCUGCUCUGGAGCACGUCAAGAACCUCUACGUAGAGCCUGGUCAACAGACGCGUCUGGUUCAUGAACUGUCUGCAGAGGCAGUAGCUUAUGUCAAACAUCAUGACCUGGUCACAGUUCCAGUCAUAGCUGAAGAAUGCUGGAGAACCUUCAUGAUGGAACCCGAGCGACAAAAAGUGAAUCCUUUCUUCCUCGGAGGCGAAGAUCUCAUCGUGUCGUAUCCGACCGAUACGAUGUCCCAUUCAGAUAAGCUGAUGUCUAUGCGUGGAAACAAUAGACCCAUGUCGCGGAGCACAGUCUUCCACGAGCUAAUCCCUGGUCACCAUCUACAGAUGCAUAUGAUCGCGCGAUACAGGUCUUACAGAAGCCUCUUCACGACGCCUUUCUGGAUUGAGGGAUGGGCCUUCUACUGGGAGUUUGUUCUAUGGGACCGUGGGUUCGCCGAGACCCCAGAAGAAAAGAUCGGUAUGCUCUUCUGGCGUAUGCAUCGUUGUGCUCGCAUCGUCUUCAGCCUCAAGUUCCAUAUGGGUCAAAUGACGCCCCAAGAAUGCAUCGACUACUUGGUUGAAAAGGUUGGGCAUGAGAGAGCCACCGCCGAAGGUGAAGUCAGGCGAAGUUUCAAUGGCGAUUACAAUGCGCUAUAUCAAGCCGGAUAUAUGCUAGGAGCAUUGCAGAUCUAUGCUAUGCGAAAGGAGAUGGUCGAGGGUGCUGGUAUGCCAGAGAAGGAGUUCCACGACCGGAUACUGAAGGAGGGAGAAAUGCCUAUCGAAAUCCUCAGGGCUUUGAUGCAAGACAGGAAGCUGCAGCCCGGCCACAAGGCGGCUUGGGAGUUCUAUGAUCUUUAA